AUGAAGGUUAAGAUCGGGAGCUCCAAGAUCGUCAGGCCGUUGUACGAUGACGGCGUGGCUCCCGGCGACGCCGGCGAAUGGGUGCCGCUCUCCGUGCUGGACAAGGUGACGUACGGGGAGCACGUCGCCAUAAUCUACGCGUUCCAGCCGCCGAACCCGCCGAACGCCGCGCUGGAGCUCGGCCUGGCUAAGGCGCUCGCGGCGUACCGGGAAUGGGCGGGGCGGAUCGGGGUCGGGCCCGACGGGCAGCGAUCUGUGCUGCUGAACGAUGCCGGGGCACGGUUCGUGGAGGCCACCGUGGACGCGCCGCUGUCGGUGUCGUUGCCGUUCGGAGCGCCGUCCCCAGAGUCGAGGCAGCUGCACCCGAGGAUCGACGCCGUGGUGGAGCUCGUGCAGGUGCAGCUCACGCGGUUCUCGUGCGGGUCGCUCGUCGUGGGCUUCGCGGGGCACCACCAGAUCGCCGACGGGCAGGCCACGGGCAACUUCCUCGGCGCGUGGGGUCUCGCAACGAGGCGGCUGCCAGCGUACCCAAUCCCGGUCUGCGACCGCGGCACCCGGUUCGCGCCACGCGACCCGCCGGUCGUGGAGUUCCUGCACCGGGAAGCGGAGUACAAGGCAGCGCCAGCGAGCGCGGAUACCGACGUCGGCGAGGACGAGGACGAGUUCUUUGCGGCGGCGCAGGGCAAGGUCAAGGUGCACAGGAUGCACCUCAGCAAGGAGUUCGUGUCCCGGCUCAAGGCGCGGGCCUCGUCGGGCCUCCCGCCCUCGCGCCGCGGCUACACCACGUUCCAGACCGUGGUGGCGCACCUCUGGCGCGCCAUCACCGCGGCCCGCGGACUGGGCGCCGGCGUGACAACCAAGAUUCGCAUCUCCGUCAACGGCCGGUCGCGCAUGCGCCCGCCGGUGCCGCGCGAGUACUUCGGCAACGUCGUGCUCUGGGCGUUCCCACGCGCGGACGCCGGUGACCUCGUGUCCCGUCCGGUCGGACACGCGGCCGAGCUCAUCCACCGUGCCGUGGCCGCCAUCGACGACGCCUACUUCCGCUCCUUCGUGGACUUCGCCUCCUCCGGCGCCGUGGAGGCCGAGGGGCUCGUCCCCACCGCGGACAGCGACGAGACGGUGCUAUGCCCGAAUCUAGAGCUGGACGCGUGGCUCGGGAUCAACUUCUUUGACCUCGACUUUGGUAGCGGCGGGCCGUUCUACUUCAUGCCGACGUACUACCCCAUGGAGGGCAGCCUCUUCCUGUUGCCCUCCGUCCUCGGCGACGGCAGCAUGGAGGCGUACGUCUCACUCUUCGAGAACCACCUCGAUGAGUUUAAAAAGAUAUGCCACAAGAUUACUUAA